AUGUCAUCCAGUAUCUGCACUGACAAGUUCGAUAUUGACGUACCAGCCAUCGGAAUGCUGCCCAAGAUGCUCCAUUCUAGCGUAGUUUGGGCAGUGACUCAUUGCCACUUCCAGAACUUGCUCUCAAGCCAUGAUGCAUUGAAGUACGACGUGAACGCGCUCAGUUCCGGUCGCUCUGCCCCCAACGCGAGACCGCGAUCUCGCGUCGUGGUUAUCGUUAUUAUCCAUCUUGGUUUGCAAAAAAUGGUUCACAUAGUUCUGGAUGACUCGAAGCUGUCCAGGAGCUCCAUGCCGUCCGUUGGGGAUAGCGAGCAACCAAGCUCCGCCCAAGGUAGUGUUCUCGGCAUCGUGCUGGAUGGAGAUCUACGAGAUAUACAACUAUGA